AGCUUCAACGGAAAGAGACCCUUUUGCUUGCUAGCUAGCCUCACAAGCAAUAUUAACUUCUUAUGAAAACUUAACGCUCUUCUCCUCUUUACGUUUUUAGAAGUAAUUAUUUGGAGAGGCAAAGAUGGGGGUACCAAAAUUUUAUCGAUGGAUUUCGGAGCGAUAUCCCUGUCUAAGUCAAGUUGUCAAGGAACAUCAGAUCCCAGAAUUUGACAACCUGUACCUGGACAUGAACGGAAUCAUCCAUCAGUGUUCACACCCCAAUGACGAGGAUGUACACUUCCGCAUCACAGAGGAGAAGAUCUUUGCAGACAUCUUCCACUACAUUGAGGUUUUGUUCCGCAUCAUCAAACCCAGGAAGGUGUUCUUCAUGGCCGUGGAUGGGGUUGCCCCAAGGGCUAAGAUGAACCAGCAGCGUGGCAGGAGAUUCAGAUCAGCCAAAGAGGCAGAAGAUAAGAUCAAAAAGGCCCUGGAGAAGGGAGAAGUCCUACCAACAGAAGCCAGGUUUGACUCCAAUUGCAUCACUCCAGGGACUGAUUUUAUGGCCAGACUACAGGAACAGCUGAAGUACUUUGUGCACAGCAAGCUGUCCACUGACAGACUGUGGGAGGGCGUGAAUGUUUACCUGUCAGGCCACGAGACACCUGGAGAAGGAGAGCACAAGAUUAUGGAGUUCAUUCGAUCAGAGAAUGGCAAACCAGGGCAUAAUCCGAACACGCGACACUGCCUCUACGGUUUGGAUGCUGACCUGAUCAUACUCGGCCUCACCAGCCAUGAACCACACUUUUCUCUCCUGAGAGAGGAGGUACGCUUCGGUGGGAAGAAGUCCCAGAAAAGGAUCACUGCUCCCGAGGAGACCACGUUUCAUCUGCUGCACCUUUCCCUCAUGAGGGAGUACAUUGACUAUGAGUUCUCAGACCUUAAGAAAAGGAUCCCGUUUGAGUAUGACCUGGAGCGGGUCAUCGAUGACUGGAUCCUGAUGGGCUUCCUGGUGGGCAACGACUUCAUCCCUCACUUGCCUCACCUGCACAUCAACCACGAUGCUCUGCCUUUGCUUUACCGCACCUACAUCAGCGUGCUGCCCACGCUCGGGGGGUAUCUCAAUGAGAACGGCUUUCUGAAUCUUGCUAAUUUUGAGAAGUACUUGGAGAAGCUGUCUGAGUUUGACCGUGAGCACUUUAAUGACGUGUUUGUGGACCUGAAGUGGUUUGAGAGCAAAGUGGGCAACAAGUACCUGAAUGAAGCUGCUGGUCUAGCUGCAGAGGAAGCAUGCAAAGACAUCAGGAAGAGCAAGUCACAGGAGGAUUCCUUAUGCCUCGCUGCUCUGGACAGUGGAAAGGACACCGGCAACAGCCCAAUCAAAGAUUGUGCAGAGGAAGAAGGUGAGGAAGAGGAGCUAUUUGAGGUGGAGUUCCGGCAGUAUAAACGCAUGUACUAUAUGUCGAAGAUGGGUGUGGAAGUCGUUUCAGAUGAAUUUCUGGCCAGUCAAGCCAAGUGCUAUGUAGAGGGAAUCCAGUGGAUUCUGCAUUACUAUUACCAUGGGGUUCAGUCAUGGAGCUGGUAUUACCCGCAUCACUACGCUCCCUUCCUGUCUGAUGUGAGGAACAUCCGUGACCUCAAACUGACCUUUGACAUGGGAAAGCCCUUCAUGCCCUUUGAGCAGCUGCUGGGUGUCCUGCCAGCAGCCAGCAAAGAUCUCCUGCCUCAGUGCUACAGGCACUUGAUGACUUCCGAGAGCUCCCCCAUCAUUGAGUACUACCCGAUGGACUUCAAAACGGACCUCAACGGCAAGCAGCAGGAGUGGGAGGCCGUGGUCCUCAUCACCUUCAUAGACGAGAAAUUGCUGCUUGCUGCCAUGGAUCCUUUCAAUGACAAGAUGACCAGGGCAGAAAAGGACCGGAACAGGCAUACAGAGUGUGCUCUGUACAUGUUUGAUAAGGACCUGGACUACCGCUACGAGUCCUCGUUAACGGAGCUGUUCCCCCACAUUAUGCACUGCCAUGUAAAGGUGACCCCAGUGCCCAUGGAUGCCUGGCACGUAUCUCUCAACCACGUGGGCCGCCGGAUAGACAGGGGCUCGCUGUACUUCUGCGGCUUCCCCACGCUGCAGCACAUUCGCCACAAGUUCUACAAGAAGAAGGCCGGUGUGGUGGUGUUCCAGCAGAGCAGUCGAGGGGAGAACACCAUCCUGGACAUCUUACCCAGCCAGGAGGGGGAGCCGGUGUGUGAUGACGUGGCAUCUGAAAUCCUCGGCAAGUCUCUGUUUGUGAACUGGCCUCACCUGGAGGAAGCCCGCGUUGUGGCUGUGUCUGAUGGAGAGACCAAGUUUUACCUGGAAGAGCCCCCAGGUGUUCAGAAGCUCUACUUGGAGCCCUCCAACCCUCCACCUAUUAAAGUGUCUUACCUGAGUGACAAGGAGCAGAAGGACUGGGAGAAGGACUCGCAGGGCCUUACAGAGUAUUUUGGCAAACGGAAGGGUGUGGUGAUCAAUCAGACGGUGGUGGUGUUGUACGCCCAGCUGCUGACGGGCAGGAAGUACGUGCCAGGCCAGGACGGGAAAGUGCAUCUGGAAAAGCAGUGGGCCAAGCAGGUCCUGCCCCACCCCUACCAGACCGUUGUUAAGGACAUCAAAGCCUUCGACUCCUCCACAUCUUGCUUUAAGACGCUGGACGAGUUGUUUCCUCCCGCCAUCACUGUGUUUAUGGUGGGGAACCCGUACUACGGCGCCAUGGGAGAGGUGCAAGACUCCAGUGACGUCAUCAAUGAGGGACGGGUGCGGGUGGUCUUCACUGUUCCCUGCGAGCCGCAGCUCGAUGCCUUAAUCCAGAACCAGCAUAAAUACUCUGUGAAGUACAGCCCCGGCUACGUACUGGCCUCCCGCCUGGGCAUCACCAGCUACCUCGUCUCCCGGUUCUCCGGCAGCAUCUUCAUCGGCAGGGGCUCCAAGAGAAAUCCUCACGGAGAGCAGAAGGCCAACGUGGGCCUCAACCUCAAGUUCAACAAGAAGAACGAGGAGGUGCCGGGCUACACCAAGAGGACGGAGAAGGAGUGGGUCUACUCUGUUGCAGUGGAGGAACUGCUGGCAGAGUACCUGGAGAGAUUCUCAGAAGUGUUUAACACCGUGUCCAGGAACAGUCAUGACGACGUCUUCUACGAGGACGACAUAUGGCCAUCAGUGGAAGAGAACGGAGCUGAAAAGGUGCAGGAGAUCACCAACUGGCUGAGGGCUCACCCGGUCAGCUCCAUCUCCCGGGCCUCCUGUGACCUCCAGAUCCUGGACGGCCCCAUCGUGGAGAAGAUCGAGGAGGAGCUGGAGAGGGCCAAGGUGAAAAGGAGCAGCAAAAAAGUGCGGGUCACUGUGAAGCCACAUCUGCUCUACAGGCCUCUUGAGCAACAGCAUGGGGUGGUGCCUGACCCUGAUGUGGAGUACCGUCUCUUUGAUCGCGUGGUCAAUGUGAGGGAAGGCUUCUCCGUCCCCCUCGGCCUGAGGGGCACCAUCAUCGGGAUCAAAGGAGCUGAGCGUGAGGCCGAGGUCCUGUACGAGGUGAUGUUUGAUGAGGAAUUUGCUGGAGGACUCACUAUCAGGUGUUCAGCAGGCCGUGGCUACCGGCUGCCUCCUAGUGCCUUAAUCAACCUGAGCCAUGGCUGUCGCCUGGAGCAGGGCUCCCGCAAGCUCACUGCCGUCAUCAAGCCCCAGCCCUCCGCCAGCCAGCAGCCACACAAGGGCCAGCUCGCAGGGCUCAACCACUCCCCGCGCUCCCCAUUCAUACCCACACAGCAGCAGCAGAAUGGCAAAGGCUUUAACCUCAGGGCCGACACUCAGGGCAACAGACACUCUCCUCACAGGGGCCUCAACCAGAAGAACCAGCAAAAAGUCAAGGGUUCCGGUAAAGACGAGGAGUACAGCAAUGUAUGGCUGGCUCUUCAGAGUUCUGCAAUGCCCCAGAAACCACCAGCUCACUGGCAAAAUAAUGCUGGAAAGGGCAGCUUACCGACGGGGUCAGCCAGUCCACUGAGCCAAAGCAAGGGUCAGGGCAGCGACCCGCAGGGCUUCCAACCUGCCAGCAAACCAAAUCCGUCUGGAGGCAUCCGGCUGUUGAAGAGAAACGAAGACUUUAAUUUAUUGCCAGCCCAGAACCAGCAAAGCAAGGUUUCCUCCGAGUUUGAAGAUCUGAUUGCUAAUCUGAACAUCGGCAAAGGAAUUGAGCCUGUUACAUUAGCUCCUUCCAAAGAACCGGCUGAACAAUCGGGAGAGCCUCUCUCGCCACAGUCCUUUGCUAUGAAGGGAACACUAAUGCUCAAAGAGAUGCUCAAGAUUGACAGCUCUCAAGUCUCCGCCUCUGCUGAUGCACCCAACUCCGCCCACUACAGCUCCCAGCAGCACCCGCAACAGCAGCAGCGGAGACGACCCUCCAAAAAACUAGCUGCCAAGAUGAACUCCCCGCAGGGUGACGCCCCCGGCCCUGGCCCCGCCCCCGGCCCCGCCCUGGCCCCUGGGCCCCCUCCGCUGCACCACAGUGCCAUGGCUGCGGAGCUGGGCCGCGUCUGCAUGGCCCGCGGCAUGGGCCCGCCCGAGUUCACCUUCCUGCGCACUGCUCAGGGAGUAACGGUGUGCCAAGUAAAGCUGUCCAGUGGUCUGCUUGUGCACGGUCCCCAGUGCCAGUCUGAGAACGAGGCCAAGGAGAAGGCAGCUCUGUUCGCCCUGCAACGCCUGAGCUCCGUGGGUUCGCCGUUCCCUCUGCCCCCUCCUCUGUUCUCGGGGAUGCAGGGCAUGCACCCCAUGGCGCCCCAUCCCUCCAUGUUUGCUCAGCCUCCCGGUUCUCUCCUGAUGCCCCCCCAGGCCUACGGUCCUCUGCCAUGGGGCAUGCCGGUUCCUCACCAAGGCCAGCCCUUCUAUGGCGGCACCUUCCCUGGUGCUCGUGCCCCUCCGCCCGCCGUCCCCAUUGGAUCCCACAACCAGUUUGUGCCUCUCCAGGUGACUAAGAAGCGCGUCUCAGGACGCAAGAUGCAUGAAACGAGAGAAUUUGUCAACUCUGCUCAUGCGGCGUCAUCGAGCCCCGGGACCUACGCAGCCCUGUCGACCCAAUCGGGUCCGCCUCCACCUGCCUCCCCUCCACCAACCAGCACGCAGGACAGCGCUGACAAAACCACCCCGGUGACCCCCAAAACUCCCAAACAGAACCCCAACGCCCACACUCCGGGCUCAGCCUCCAAACGGAAGCAUAGGAAGCUGGCAGUGAAUUUUGAGGCCACUAAAGUUACAGAAUGAAAACCUUGAACAGGCACAGUCGUUAUUUUUAACAAGUGUUACUUUUGAAGAGAAGCCAGGAUAAAAAUGGAAGCCCCCUUUUCUCUGUUUCUUUGCAUCUCCAUCAUGUUUGUAAGAAAUCGCUAUUCUGUUGGCCCCUCAGACAUCACUCAGGCCCUUUUUUGCAGGGUGUUGUUUUUAGUUCCUCUGUGUCCACUGAGAGAGCGGUAAAGCCUCUUUUAAACUUAAUUUUCUGUUUUUACACCUGACACCUCCCUCCCCUCCAGCGAUGGCUGCUCAUGGAAGCUUUUUUGUUUGUUUUGUUUUGUUUUCCACAUUUGCCUCCUAACCCCAUGUAAUUCUGCAAGCUGACAUUUUAAGUCCAAUCUUAGCUAGUAUGACAAAGGGUUUUAAGAAAAGCUUUAUUUUCUUGUGGCACAGAAGCUCUAAAUAUGAACGUCUUGACAGGAAAGGCUGCAACACAUCAUAGUACCAAACAGCUUCUAAAGAAUCAGUAUCACACAUUACAGCAACAUUGUCGUACCACUCACUUUCACAUAGACAACUUCAAACAACACUGAACUUCAUAUGUAGCUGCUGCUGCUGCCAAAGCGGUCCUGAUUGUGAACUUGAAGGGACAUAAUGGUUUACAUAUUGGUUUAGUCAGGUUGUGAAUCUGAUGCCUGUGCAUUGGUGUCUUGUGCAAUGGCAGGGCUCCCUCCUCUAUAAUAUUCUCCCUGCCAAUCAUGAGGUGUUUUUAAGUUCCUUUUCAAUUGAAUAAUUACAACAUAAUGAUUGAUUGAACGUAUAAUGUAUUUUGUACUUAGUGAAUGAAGGGACAAGAAUCGCUGGAUGGUUUUAUGAUAAUGAGUUGAUGCUUUUCUCAUUCAGUGACCACCUGUAGCAUUUUUUUUUUUCAAACCUUGAAACAUUUCUGGUUUUACGUAUAUAUUGUCAGCUGCAAUCAAUCUGUUUGCCUUUUGUUUUCGAUCCCAUCUGAUUCAUUGUAGGCCACUUUUGGUACUGUGCUCUGAACUGUCUGAGUGUGGUUUUAAAAUGUUCAAAGAAACAUGCAUCUGUGAAUAGAAUUUUAUUUUAAAAUGAAAUUGGUAGUUUAUUUAAGAAUGAACACCAAAGGCCUAAAUGUACAGCAGAGCGCAUGUCCUAAUUUGGGGGCAUCCUGUACAGACACGUUUAAUAAACACCUUUUGUUACCAACAGGUUGAUUAUUCUGCUGUCUCUGAG